AUGACUAAGUCCACCUUAUCUCCACUUAUUUGCCAUAGUAGUUACUCUCAUAAGUUAUCAAGAAAAUGGCAAUCCUCAAAAAUCCUGACAAAAAACUGUUUAAUUUACCCUCUUUUUGUUACAGACAAUCCAGACGAUGAAACAGAAAUUGUCUCAUUACCAGGACAGAAAAGAUGGGGUAUUAAUAAGCUUGAGAAUUUUAUAGCACCACUUGUAGCGAAAGGAUUAGCAGCAGUGAUUCUUUUUGGGGUUUUAAAUAAUUCAAAAGAUAUAUAUGGUACAAAGGCAGAUGAUCCGGAAGGACCUGUGAUUUCAGCUAUACGUCUUUUAAAAAGUCGAUUUCCAGAGCUUUUUGUUAUUUGUGAUGUAUGUUUAUGUGAAUAUACAUCACACGGUCAUUGCGGAUGGCUUUAUGAGGAUGGAACAAUUAAUAAUGAAGCAAGUGUUCGACGUUUAUCAAAAAUAGCUGUUGAAUAUGGAAAAGCAGGGGCAGAUGCAGUUGCGCCUAGCGAUAUGAUGGAUGGAAGAGUAUUAGCCAUAAAAAAAGGUCUUGUAGAGGCGGGUAUAUCACAUAAAAUUAUGGUUAUGAGUUAUUCAGCUAAAUUUGCAUCAUGUUUAUACGGCCCAUUUCGGUCAGCAGCAAAUUCAACACCUUCUUUUGGGGACAGAAAAUCUUAUCAGCUUCCUCCUCCAUCAAAAAAACUUGCACAGCGUGCCAUUAAACGAGAUAUUUCUGAAGGAGCGGACUGCAUCAUCAUUAAGCCAGCUACAUUAUAUCUUGAUAUCAUUGCAAAUACUUCUAAAAUUGCACCUGAUUUAUUAAUUGCUACAUAUCAUGUUUCUGGAGAAUAUGCAGCCAUUCAUGCCGCUGCUAAAGCAGGUGUCUAUGAUUUAGAGACAAUUGUUAUAGAAACUUUAAUAUCUUGUUUACGAGCAGGAGCAGAAAUUAUUAUUACUUAUUUUACACCUGAUUGUUUAAAUUGGCUAGAAAUAUGAACAGAAACAUUCCUCCGGUUUUAUAUAUUUCAUCAUAUAAAAAAGUCUAUUUAAACA